GGCCACUUCCGCCGCCUCCGAGACCAGCCGGCCUCCCUCCCCGCUACCCGCUGCACGCGGAGUCUGACGAGGGACCUCCAGCCUCCCGACCCGCCCCGCACUGGCCUGGACUCCUCACCCGGCUACCCACGAGACGCAGCACGUGGGACGGAUCAGCCAGGCUCGCGAGGAAGGAAACAAGGAAGCCUACGAGCUUCCAGAAAGUACGCUUAACGAAUGGCCACUCAGCCAGACAACACAGUCAGGGCCCAGCGCCUUCCCCAGCCCGUCGCCAGCACCGCAGUCAGCACACCCUGCCGUCGCCGCAGACACGCACAACGACAGCGCGCACGGCGUCGGUACGCACGGCGUCGGCGCGUGCGCGCUCGGAGGCGUCUGCCCGGCGCCGAGAUGUCGUACAUGCUCCCGCACUUGCACAAUGGCUGGCAGGUGGACCAGGCCAUCCUUUCGGAGGAAGACCGAGUCGUCGUCAUUCGGUUCGGGCACGACUGGGACCCCACCUGCAUGAAGAUGGACGAGGUUCUUUACAGCAUAGCCGAGAAGAAAUGGCAGAUAAUGGGGUCUUCCUCAUCUUGUUACGAGCCCCGUUUGGAAAUCCCAGCUGUUUUAAAGUUAAGAAUUUUGCAGUUAUUUAUCUUGUGGAUAUUACAGAAGUACCUGACUUCAACAAAAUGUAUGAGUUAUACGAUCCAUGUACUGUCAUGUUUUUCUUCAGAAACAAGCACAUCAUGAUUGACUUGGGCACCGGCAACAACAACAAGAUUAACUGGGCCAUGGAGGACAAGCAGGAGAUGGUGGACAUCAUAGAGACUGUGUACCGUGGCGCCCGCAAAGGCCGCGGUCUGGUUGUGUCUCCCAAGGACUACUCCACCAAGUACAGAUACUGAGCAUGUAUCAGUCUGUGGAUAAAUACUGUGGAGCUGUUUUUUUAUGCAGAGAUGUUUCAAACUGUUGAGAGCCUUUGGAA